CAGAGGUACUUUUCGACCCUCUGUCCCGAUUGGUCGAGUGGCGGCCCCUACUAGGUUGUCCUGAAUGGCUGGGAAGCCGGCACUACUCAUAGAACAAGCACAAGAAUACAUUUGUGUGUGUUUGUGAUCAUACAUAUUACAGCUGGCUGCUGUAAAAGUGGAGCAGUGACAUCACUCAGAGGGACAGGCAGGGUGGAGGGCACUAUAAAGGUUCAACUAAAGCAUCGGCCAUCAUAGGAAACGGUUCAGGUGAGGAGCAAAGUGGACAUAGCUUGAUCAGGAAACAGUCCAGCCAAGGAGGUGUGAGGACAACAAAUUAGUUUGUGUUUUGAAGCUGCAAUAUAGAUAUAAGUCAACAGGUGGAGUGACCCAAAUUAAGGUCAUAGAAGGACUCCUGAAGAAGUUGUAAGUAGUUGAGGAGCUUGAAGCAUCAGUGUCAAAAUGUGUUCAGGCGGCUUUGCCAAAUGUCUGGGGAUCACUCUGAUGCCUCUGUGCAUCGUGAGUGUGCUGUGUAACAUCCUGCUCUUCUUCCCCGGCGGAGAAUCUGUGGACAUUGAACACAUCACAGAGCAGGUCUUGUACUUUGGAGGCAUUCUGGGAUCUGGAGUGCUGAUGAUCUUCCCAGCUCUGGUCUUCCUGGGUCUGAAGAACAAUGACUGCUGCGGUUGCUGUGGCAAUGAAAGCUGUGGGCGGAGAUUUGCGAUGCUGAGUUCUAUUCUGUUUGCAGCUGUGGGUGUGAUGGGCGCUGGUUACUCAGUUAUAGUUUCUUCUCUGGCCAUAGACCAAGGACCUCUGUGUAAGGUUUUGAAUGGCACCGACACGUUCAAGUGGGACACGCCCUUCUCCAAUGGUGACUACCUGAGCAACACAACUCUGUGGGAGGAGUGUAAAGGGCCAGGCAACAUCGUGUCCUGGCAUCUCUCCCUGUUCUCUGUGCUGCUGGUCAUAGGUUUGAUCCAGAUGGCGCUGUGUGCUGUGCAGGUGGUGAACGGCCUGCUGGGAGCUCUCUGUGGGGACUGCUGUGGAUGCUGUGGAGGGAGUGAUGGAGCUGUCUAAACACUCUCUACUGGGAGAGCCUGAAGACAACUGUUUCCUAUUUUUAAUUCUAUGGUUACAUGAUGCAUCUUAUUCUCCUGAUCAUUCCACCCCUUCAUGAUUUUGCAUAAGAGCUUAUUGAUUACAUUGUGUUCACUUUUUUACAACACUUGUGAAAUGACAGAGCUCUCAAUUAAAGGUUUUCCAAUUUA